AUGAGUGAUGAUAAGAAUGAAAUCGUGUUACACAAAGAUGGUGGGCAUGCUUCUAUAAAAUAUCCGAUGUUAACUUCUUCAAACUACACCGUUUGGGCCAUGAGAAUGAAGAUAGCACUUAAGGUCAGCGAAGUAUGGGAAACGAUAGAUCCUGGAAGUGAAGACACGAAGAAGAACAAUAUGGCUGUUGCGCUGUUGUUUCAAUCGAUUCCGGAAGCGUUGAUACUCCAAGUUGGCGAGUUGGAUACAUCAAAGGCAGUUUGGGAUGCAAUAAAUGCGAGACAUGUUGGAGCCGAGCGGGUUAAGGAGGCUAGGUUACAGACCUUAAUGGCAGAGUUCGAUAGACUCAAGAUGAAGGAUGGAGACACAAUUGAUAUCUUUGCCGGCAAGCUAUCCGAAAUCUCUUCAAAAUCUGCUUCUUUAGGAGAGAUAAUAGAAGAACCUAAACUUGUGAAGAAAUUCUUGAAAAGUCUACCAAAAAAGAAAUUUAUUCACAUGGUUGCGUCCCUUGAACAGAUGCUUGACCUUAAGACAACAAGCUUUGAGGAUAUCGUCGGGAGAUUAAAGGCGUACGAAGAAAGAGUUGCAGAAGAAGAAGAAGAUCAAGCUUUGAGGAAACCGGAAAAUUAA